CCAUGUUGUUCUACCUGGCUGCCUUGCUGGGCCUCUACUUGCUUUACCGAUGGUACUGGGAGAGACAAACCGUGGAGAACCUGACAGAGAAAUAUGUCUUCAUCACUGGGUGUGACUCUGGGUUUGGGAACCUGCUUGCCAGGCAGCUGGAUCUGAAGGGCAUGAGGGUCUUAGCAGGAUGUCUCACCAAGAAGGGGGCUGAGGAGCUUGAGAAGGCCACAUCCAACCACUUGAAGACCACCAUCCUGGAUGUGACCAGCACAGAGAGUGUUGCAGCUGCCACCGAAUGGGUGAAAGGAUGCGUGGGGGACAAAGGACUCUGGGGCUUGGUGAAUAACGCAGGCAUUGGGAAACCUGUAGGACUCAAUGCGCUUUUGACAAAGGAAGACUUUGCAAAGGUGAUAAAUGUCAACCUGCUUGGUUUGAUUGACGUGACAUUGCAAAUGCUGCCCCUGGUGAAAAGAGCCAGAGGUCGAGUGGUCAACGUGUCCAGUGUUUUGGGAAGAAUAGCAUACUAUGGAGGGGGCUACAGCCCAGCCAAGUUUGGUGUGGAAGCCUUCUCUGAUUCUCUCAGGCGAGAGUUACAUGCUUUUGGGGUCCAAGUCAGCAUUAUUGAGCCUGGUAUUUUCAGGACUGCAAUCAUAGAUGUACAGAACCACUUCAAGAAUACAUGGGAACAGCUUCCUCCUGACAUCAGAGAAAUUUAUGGAGAAAACUUCAUUAAGCGCUAUUGCAAAAUAGCCAAAGUGAUCGUUAAUUUGGGAAGCAGUAACCUUUCCCUGGUCACUAAUUGCAUUGAACAUGCUCUGAAAUCCUGCUACCCUCGCAGUCGGUAUUCUGCAGGCUUGUGGGCCAAGAGCAUUUUUAUUCCUGCCUCCUAUUUGCCAAGCUGCGUGGUUGACUUUUUGACUUCCUACAUAUUUCCCAAACCAUCACAGACUACAUAG